CGGGAUUUUAAUCUUGUUUUAAAAAUCCAAAACAAUUAGUUCUACAUCCAAAUUCAACUUUAGAACACUGCUUUUUGUAAUUUUAGAACUUGAAAUGGGCUCGAAAUCCAUAG